AUGUUUUUACAGGACAACGCGGGGUUACUUAUAAAACCGGGGUCAGAAAUAAAUAAUGAUCUAUUACCAUGGAGAAAAGGAAUUUUAAUUGACAGAAUUAGAAGAACAUCAGUAGAAUCAAAAAGCAUAAUUACAGAGAAUGUACUUAUUGAACCUACAGAAAUUGGUGAUUUAAUAACAGUAACACAAGAAGAUUUAGAAAAAGCAAAACAAAUAAUAAAUCAAGUUUUGGCGAAAAAAAUGAAAAAAGGCGAUAUAAUGAGUUUAAAUGAGGAUGAUAAAAAUGAAAUAGUUGGCGAAGUAACUAAUAAGUUAACAAAAUUAUAUACAAAGAAAGUAAAUAAUAAAUCGUUGGCAAAGGAUAUACUAAAUAAAGUAUUAACACGAACUAUGGAAAAGGAACAAAUAGUUCAACCAUCUAAAGAUAAACAAAAAGAAGAAACAUUUAUCACAAAAGCACAAAUGGUUAUUGAAAAUAAAAAACAAAAGGAAACUUCUAAAGUGUCAAAAGAAAUAAUAGAACAAAAUAAAACAAAAUUAAUUAAACAAGCCAUUAAAUCGGAAGAUAAAAUUCUUAUUGAUCAAACUCAAUAUUAUUUUGGAGAACAGGAAAACGAUAAUUAUGAAAUUGUCCCAGAUGAAUACAAACCUAAAUUAAAAACUGAAAAUAUUGAAAAUAUUGAAACAAAAAGUCAACAUAAUGUAACAUUAGACUAUACUACAAGACCAUGGUUAAAAACACCAAAUGUAAGCACAACACAUGAAAUAAUAGAAAAUUCACAAAAACACGAAAAUAUAUCAAAACAUGAAAACGAUACAUCAAAUGAAUACUUUAAUAAAAAAGAACAAACCAAAAAAAUAACUCCUUGGACAGAACAAAAUAUAAGUUUGAAAACACCUGAAAAAUCCAAAAUUAAUGAGAAUAUUACUACAAUCACCAAUAAUUCAAAAUCACAAAAAGAAAACAUUAAAAAUGUACAAGAAACAAAAGAACCAAGAGAUAAAACAACUUCAAUUCCAUGGACAGAAGAAAUCGUUAAUCUAAAGAAAACCAAAACCCAAAAGCAGCCAUUGGCCAAAGAAAAGAUAGAAGAGGUUACUCUCAAACCAUUUAAAAAACCUGUGGCAGAAGAUAUUACUGUAACCGAGGAAACUCCAGAAACAGAAACUACAGAAGUAGUCGAAACAGUGGUUGAAAAGUCUAAAAAACGACGAGUCAAGAAAACAAGGUCUGAUGGAAAGGAGGAGGUCAUCGAAACCGAGGAGCCAGAGUUACCUGAAGAAAUAAAAUUAAAACCUAUUCCCAUAAAAAAACCUUUAGAUGAUAAUAAAAUUAAUGAUGAUAAAAUAGAAAAACCUAAGCCUUUAACUAAUGAUUCACCUAAAAUUGACAUAAAGUCGAAAUCGAAAAAGUCACCCUUACCGAAAACUGUAAGCGUGGAUAGCCCUUUGCGAGAUCUUGAAAUAGUUAGUAUAAAAAGAAGUGAGGAAAUUCCUGAACAUAAAGCGGCUGAAAGUGAAAUUGUAGCACCUUAUUUCAUUGAAAAAGUGCAACCAUUAGUAGCAGAACAUGAAAAGCCUACUGCUUUUACAUGCUCUGUGGGGGGAGUCCCUUCACCUGAAGUCAAAUGGUACCGGGAUGAUCGUGAACUACAAACAACCGAUGUUUACGAAAUAAUUGUUUACGAGAACACAUCUACAUUGAGGAUUUCUAAGCCUACAGAGGAACAGGCUGGUGUUUAUGUUUGCCAAGCUACAAAUUCAGCUGGCAUUUCAACUUGUACUGCACUUCUAGUGGUGUUAGAUUCUGAAGAAGUUGGCGAAGCUCCAACUUUUGUGGAACCUAUUAAACCUAGAAAAGUCCGAGGGAAAAAAUCUAUUGAACUAAGGUGUAUUGUGAAAGGAAUUCCUAUACCUGAAAUAAUUUGGUGUCGUGAAAAUGAAGAAAUAAUUUCGGAUGAAAACGAGUACACAACUUCGUUUGAUUCGAAAACUGGUGAAGCCACUUUAACAUUAAUAAACCCUAUGGAUGUUGAUCGAUCAACAUAUUUAGCUAAAGCAGUGAAUAUUCACGGGAAAUCUGAAUGCAUGGCACAUAUUACAUUUGAAAAAGAGGAAUAUGGAGAAGCGCCUAAGUUUGUAGAACGGUUGAAGCCGAAAGUUGUGAAAGCCAAUGAAACAACUGAACUUACGUGCUUAGUCAAAGGUAUUCCAUCACCAUCAGUUGUAUGGUGCCGCGAUGACGAAGAAAUUAUACCAGAUGAAAGUCAUUCGCUAAUUUACAUUCCUGAAACUGGAGAAUCUAAACUUAUAAUACUGCAUCCUGAUGAUAUUGAUGAGUCAACGUACACAGUUAAUGCGACGAAUAAAUUUGGAAGGGCUGAGUGUAGAGCGAAUUUAAUAGUUCAAAAAGAUGAACUCGGAGAGGCACCGACAUUCGUACAACCAGUAAAACCGAUAAUCGCCAAAUCAAAUGAAAUUACUGAACUUAAAUGUACCGUAAGAGGAACACCAAACCCGUUAGUAAUUUGGUGUCGUGGAAACGAAGAAAUCAUUCCCGAUGAAAGUCAUUUAGUCACAUACCAUCAGGAAACCGGAGAAUCGAUUUUAACAAUUUUAAACCCGUCCGAAAUUGAUGAAACUAUUUAUACCGUGAACGCUGUGAAUAAAUACGGCCAAGCACAAUGUCGUGCAAAUUUAAUUAUUCAAAAAGACGAAUCGGGCGAAGCACCCAUGUUCGUAGAACCAAUAAAACCAAAAAUCGCCAAAGCUAAUACGUCCACCGAAUUAAAUUGUUUGGUCAGAGGAAUACCUACACCAACGGUUGUUUGGUUUAGAGGUGAAGUAGAAAUAAUUCCAGAUAACACUCAUUCAAUAACGUUCAUACCAGAGACGGGUGAAUCAAAACUUAUUAUUUCAAAGGCGACUGAAGUUGAUCAAAACACGUACACUGUAAAGGCAACUAACAAGUAUGGCAGAGCUCAAUGUCGGGCAAAUGUAAUUAUACAAGAAGACGUUUUCGGUGUAGCACCAACCUUUGUUGAGCCCAUAAAGCCCGUAUUAGCAAAACCAGACCAAACAACCGUUUUACGAUGUUUGGUGACUGGUAAUCCCGUGCCAACUUUGGUUUGGUGUCGUGGAAAAGACGAAAUUGUUCCUGAUGAUUUGCAUACAAUUCAGUUUAUUCCAGAAACUGGAGAAUCCACUUUGACCAUAGAAAAACCAACAACAAUUGACGAAGCGCAUUAUUCUGUUGAAGCAAUUAACAAAUUUGGAAGAGCUAGAUGCAGAGCUAAUUUAGUUUUAGAAAAAUAUGACACCGGAAUUGCUCCUGCAUUCGUUGUCCCGAUUAAACCUAAAGCUGCCAAGCCAACCGAAACUGUAGAACUAAGUUGCGUGGUUUCCGGAACACCAACGCCAAUUGUCGUAUGGUGUCGCGGCGAUGAACAAAUCGUGCCAGAUGACAGUCAUGUCAUAUCUUACAUACCGGAGACUGGCGAGUCCAAACUUACGAUCUGUAACGCUACGGAAUUAGACGUAAAUGAUUACACAGUAAAAGCAGUUAACGAUUUUGGUGUGGCCCAGUGCAGAGCCAAUUUGAUUAUAGACGAAGUCGUUGAAGAAAUACCUAAACCGUUGGAGGAGGAAGCACCAAGCAUAACGAAACCUUUGCAACCAAUCAUAGCAAAAAAAGAUUCGUGCGUAACGUUAGACGUACAUUUCAGAGGAACUCCCGAGUUAAAAGUUCGGUGGUUACACAAUGGUAAAGACAUCACCGAUAAAAAAACGUUUAUGCGUACCUUAACUAUAACUGAGACCACAACCGUAAUAAUCAUAAAGAAAAUCACUAAAAAGACCAGUGGGCGUUAUGAAGUCGUGGUCACUAAUAAUCGUGGGGAAGCGAAGACGUCAACUACAGUAUUGAUUGAAGAUGAAGAAGAUGUAGAGGAGACGAUCGAAAAAGAAGUUGCUACUACCGGAAAAGCGCCAUACUUCGAAACGGAGCUACAAACCGAAACAGUUUGGGAAGAGGAGGAGGAAGAGGAAGAAGAAGAAAAGAUAACCACAAUAUGCCUUAUUGUGAAAGUAAAAGGUACUCCCAAGCCCAAGACUCGUUGGUACGAGAGUGGUAUAGAAAUAACGCCCAACGAAGAAUUCAAAAUUGAAGAACACGAUGAAGGAGUAUCUGUUUUAACGAUCAAGAAAAGGCCAACAGAGAGCGCACGAGAAAUUACGUGCGAAGCUACAAACGAGCACGGAACAGUUACAACCAGAACUCUAGUAAUUCCAGGUAUCAAAGGGACGAAAGCCUAUAGGAAGCCAUCGUGGGUGACCCAGAUGGAAGAGUUGCGGGAACAAUUGCAAGCUUUCCAAAGUGUACCAAGCUUUGUAAACGAAUUAAAGGACGAACGAGCUAUUGAAAAUGAAACGAUUGUGUUUGAAUGCCAAUUUUCAGGAAAUCCUACGCCUGUGAUUAUAUGGUAUCGCGAUGACAAAAUUGUCAGGAACUCAUCUAAUAUUCAAGUUAAAAUCACUGACACUAAAACAACAUUGACUAUUAAAAAAGUAACAAAGGAAGAUGAAGGUGUCUAUAUUUGCAAAGCUAACAGUAAUUUAGGAGAAGCUAAAAAUAAAGCAAAACUUUAUGUUAAAAAACUUGGAGAUGAAACAUUCACGGCUACCGAAGAAGAAGUUGAAGAAAAAGAAUUAGAAGAAGUGAAGAAAACGAAAAAGACAAAAAAGAAAACUAUAAAGAAGAAAUCUAAAAAGGAAUUUGAAUCAUUCAAUGAAAUAGAAAUAAAAGAACCACAUAGUAUUACAACUACUAAAACGGUAGAGGAGAAACCGUCGUUACCGGAACGCGAACCGUUGUCUACGUCAGAAACAAUUUCGGACGAGACGGUCAGGGAAGUUCCCGGACCCGAAUUCGCUCGUGCAAAACUAUCCGAAGAAUCUGCACUGUUCACGGCACUCAAGAUCCGGAAGCCCACAGUGGUCAAUGAAGUUGACCAAGUGUUAGAUCAAGUUGAACUGGCUGAGUUUGGACCGGCUGAAUAUCCAUUACGAGAACUGGCUACAAUCGAUAUACUUACCCGACAUGGCAUAUCCACAGAACAGGUGAUCCAAGAGUACACUACUGGUCAGUUCCCUGCGUUGAGGACUGCGCCAGCUCAGUCAGCCAUGGUGCAUCUCAUCGAACGUGAAGGAUACACAUCACUGGUGGCUGACGUCUUCACCAAAGAAUCCACCAUACCUGAAACAGUCAACGAAGUAUUUAAAGCAUUUAUGACAAUGGUCGAGUUAAAACAUAGCACAUUGGAAGAGAUAAUUACUUACUUGACACCAGAAGAUUUCCAAAUCAGCACCUGGGAUUUCGAGCACGCAUCUCAAAUUACUACAGAUGACACGAUCACCGAUACAGCUGAAAUUAGUGAACCUGUAAACGUAUUAAUAAACGAAGUUAAGAAUAAGACACGUUCAACAAAGAGAUUAACCAAAACAAUCAAUGACAGUUUGACAGUUGAAAAUGAACAAGUACAGAAAAAUAUUGAAGAGAGCAAUAUUAAAAUUACUGAUAUUACGGAUACUACAAUAACAGAAUUAUCAGAAAAUAAACCGAUUAAAACGAAGAAAGUUAUGAAACGAAAAAAAGAAAUUGAAGAUAUAAGUAAACGCGAAGAUAAGGAAGAAGAAGAAAUUAUCACUAAAGAAACAAAAAUAAUAAAAAUUAAUAAAGUAGAACAAUCGAGCACAGCAGAAGAAAUUAUUCCUGAAGAAAUUACAUAUGAAUUCAAUAUAGAAAAAUAUCCAGCUAUAUGUCCAACUGUUUUGAAAACAUCAACAUAUUUAAAUGAAACAAUUGCUCAGCAAGAAGCUGUAGAGCUAUCAACAGAUAUUAAUAAUGUACCGGAAAAAGCUCAGAUUAGAAUAAUAACUCGAAGUGCUGCGGAAAGCAUAAUAACAAACGACGAAGAGAAAGAAGAAAUCAGAAAAGAAACAAUAGAAAUAAAAAAACAUAAAGCGAACUCUGCUUUUGAAUUUAACGAAAGUUUUUCUACGGAUCAUCCAGACGCCCAAUCGCCUCUUGAAGAAAUUGUUAAAACAUUUGAAUUCAUACCGUGUUUAGCGAUAAAAGAUGUUAUACCUAAAGAAAGUAUAACAAUUAGUGAAAUUUAUCCAAAUCAAAGUCUUGGCAAAGAAACCGAUUAUAAACCUAAAAAUGAGGAAGCUAAGGUUACUAUAAUUUCACAUUCACAAAAAGUAGUUACAGAAUCAAUUGCCUCUACAAAGGAAGGUGAAAUAAAACAAGAAAUUAUGCCACAGAAAAAAAAUGCUAGACAAGAUUAUAUUGAACACGAAAGUAUUAAUGUUGUGGAAGUAAAUGAAGCACACACUGAAAGUCAAUUACUAGAUGAUUUUAAACCAACACCAGCGAAAUCGUCAGUUGAAUAUCCACUGAACGAACAAUUAGUUGUCAGUGAAUCACAUUCAGAAAUUCAACCUGAAAAUUACUAUCCAGAAAUAAUUGUACCUACUGAAGUCGCCGAACAAAUAAUAGUAGCAUCAAAUAAUGCUAUUACUGCAUUCCAAAUAGAAUCUUCAGAAAAAGAAGCAAAAUAUAAUCCUUCGAAACCACUCAAUAAAUUUAAAGCAGAUAUUUCGAUCAUCGCUGAAAAAUAUAUUAAAGUAAGUGAGUCAAACAUACAUGAAAAAGAAACUAAAUUAGAAAAAGAAAAUGUACCAGAGAAGUCAUUCGCAAAUUCUGAUAUAAUUUUACAAUCAAGUUUAAUUGUAAAUUCAGUUAAUCAAGAAGAAAACGAAGAAAAAUUCAAUACUCAUUUACCUCAAUCACAUACUGCAAAACUAACAAUAAACAACGCGAAUAAAGUGUGUAGUUCUUCAGUAAUAGAAAUCAAUGAAGCAGAAUCUGAUUUAAAAAUUUCGGCAAUACCAGAAAUGAAACAAAUUGAAAGCUCUAUAUUAGGCUUAGAAGUAACUGAGAUUAUACCUAACGAGACAGAAUCCAAUUUUACAUCACAAUCAGCAUUAAAAAUAUUACCAGAUACUAGUAUUACUGAGAAUAAUUCGUGCAUAGUCACUGAAACCACAGUUGAUGAUUAUUCAACGGAAUUAUUAACAAAUUUGAAUUACAAAACAUUUGAGGCCAAACCGAAGUUUGAAGAAUUAGAAGCCAAACAAAUAUAUCAAAUUAAUGUGCAAGAGAAUAACAUUCCAUUAAAUGAAACACCUAAACCUAUUUCAGCUAAAUUGGAAACAAGUUUUUCCCCGAUUAAAAGCAUAACUGUAGAACAAACAAUUGCAGCAGAACAAGAGCAACUUUUGUCAUUAAGAGUACCACAAGAGUUACACAAUUCCGUAAGUGUGCCAUCUCAUUCUCUUCAAGCUGUAGUUAUUGAAGAAAUUACACCGGAGAAUUGUGUUACUCAAUUAGAAGAUACUUAUAAAGACAAUAAUCAACAUGCAUCAAAAAUAGCUCAAAUCAAUUUUGUAGAUGACCAAUGUAUUAUUGUUAAGGAAGUUUCAACUUAUGAAUCAGAAACUAAUUUAUCACUUGAUAGUAAACCAGGAAAUGUAAAGGCUGUUCCAGUAUUUACUGGCCAUGAUCUAAAAAAUGUAAACAUUACAAUUGAUGAAGCUUAUGGUGUAAAUAUAACAGAACAGCCUUUUUAUGAAAAAGAAAAUGAGACAAUUGAACAAAAAGUAUUUAAAAGUAAAAAAGCUAUUACUGAAUUUGUUCCAAUAGAGAUUGCUGAUCGCUCGGAAAUUGUUACUGGAGAUUAUACUAUGGAUUUGAUACAACCAGAAGUUUCUGAAAUGCACGCGAAUCAUCAAACUAGUACAUUUGAAAGUGUAAUUUUGUAUGAGACUAAUGUAUCUGAAAAAGAACAAGAAAUGACUAAAGACAAAACUCCAUUAUUAUGCUCUGCAAAUAAAUCAUUAAUAUUAGAUGAAGCAAUAGAAAUUACAGAAAUAAUUUCUGACAAUAGACCAGAAGACAUUUUUAUUUCAAAAUUACCUCAAGAAAAAACAGCUAAAGCUAAUAUUAUACCACUUAAACCUCUUGUGGGUCAAGAUGUAACGACUUGUGAAAAUGUAGAGACGGUGAAAAAUAAAAGUCCAAUAACCGGAGUGGCUCAAAUAUCUCAAAAACCAUAUCAUAGUUUAGAAACAAGUUUAAUAAUAUUAACAGAUUCAGAAAAUAAAUUGUCCGAUUUUGUGAUGCCAGAUACAAAAAAAGCGGAUACUAAUUACAGUGAAUUAGAUAUUCCUAUUAAUGUUGUUGAGAUUUUAACACAAGAUAAAGAAUUAGAUUUUACAACUCAAGAAACUCCUUUACAUACAUUGGACAAACAAGAAAUUAUCUUAGAAGAAUGCCGAGUUACAUCACAAACAAUGGUAUGUAGUUCUACUAGUGACUUUGAUGAAAUUAUACCACAAUCAGUUUAUGCUUUGUCAUCUAAAAGCACUCAAAUGGCAAUCGAGUCACUUGAAAAUGCUCAUCUUGAAAAAGAAGGCAAUUUAGUAGACGAUCAUAUAUUUUCAGAGAGACAUGCGGAUUUAAGAUAUGAAGAAAUAAAGAGUAUUCAAAUAACUGAACAAGUUAAACUAGACACCAAACAAGAAUUAGUCAUUGAAGAUAAACCUAUGGAUAAAAAAAGUAAUGUAACAAUCAUAGGACAAGAUGUUGCGGAAACAUUCGAGACUAAAGUAGAAAGUCCUAUUGAAGAAUUAAAAAUAGAAUUCCCAAAACAAAAAUCAGCUAAGACUAUUCAACCAAAUGAAGUUCAUAUUGAAGAUAAUUCAGGAACUUAUAUGGUAACUGAAAUAUUUCCUAAAGAAAAAGAAAUCCAACUUUUAGAAAAAUCUCAACCUAUUUAUCGUCAUGCUGAACAAGAUAUUUUAAGCCACGAAGGAUUGCAAGUUAACGAAACAAAUAUUUCAAUUUGCGAAAAGGAAUUAACUGAUUUUGAUUACUCAACAAAAUUAAGCAAUCAAGUUAUAGAACCCCUCGAAUUUCCUCAAAAAUCCGAGAAAAAUACAUUGGAGUGUGCUGAACCUUUAAAAGAAAUAAGAGAAACUGUCCAUCAAGCUUCAUCUGAACAUAUACUAUUAGAAGGCAUAAGUACAACUGUAGUCAAUUUUCAAGAUAAUGAAAUUCCUUUUGAACAAUCUACGAAAUCAACAGAAAAAUCUGCCUCUCUAAAAUACGAAAUGGAACAAACAUUAGGAAUAACUGAAGUAUGUUUAGGAGAAUCAGAAACAAAUUUAAUUUCUGUAUUAUUACCAAGAAGCCACACUGCAAUAAGUGAUAUGACGGAAACCCAACAAGUUGCAACUAGUUUUGAAGUUGUUUCUCAAAAUUCUACUCAAAAUUUACGUGCCCAAUCAUUUCCGUCUGUCAUUUCCGUAAUUCCAAAAUCUACGGAAACUCAUGGUCUUGAAGUGACCGAAACCAUGUAUCAAGAAUCUGAAACUCCAUUUAAAUCUGUCGAAAACACAUCAAAGACUUGCAAUUUUACAAUUCAAAUGGACCAAAAUAUUGAGAUAACAGAAAUUGUAACAAAUGAAUCAGAGAAAACAUUAGAUAUAUUUGAAAGAAAUAAAGGUUUAGAAGCCAAUAUAGUAUUUGAUGAAAAUCAGUCUGUUUCAAUCGAAGAAAUAGAAACUUCUGACGAUAUUGUUCCAUUGUCUAAAAAUGUGCUUAAUCCAUCAAGUGCAACGAAACAGUUAGAACCACUGUUAGGAAUCAUGGUAACUGAAGUUAGGCCAGAAGAGUUCGAGAUUCCACAUGAAACAAAAACCAAACCUUUAUUAAAGCACGUUUCACAAAUAUUGCCAGAAAAUCAAAGUUUAAAUGUGACUUCUGCAAUUAUAGUUGAAAAAGAAAGUAUAUUAAAUGAAUCUAAGAAAGAAAUUCAACAAAAUGCACAAGUUUCUUCGGUUUACAGUCCAAUGAAAGUUGUUCAAUCAGAAGAAAAUUUUAUAGAAACGAGUUUAAUCGAUUUAAAUACUACUACACCUAAUGAAAUAUUUUUAGAAUCAUCACAAAUUCCUUAUGAUUCAAUUAAUCAAAUGGAAAUUAGUCCAUUAGAAAAAGAGAGUGAAUUGAAAAUGACUAAAAACAAGAAAAAAGAAGUUGCAGUGAUUAACAUAGAUACUAUUAAUUUACUUGAUACAACAGAAAUUAUUACAGGUGAAAAGGAAUCUAUUUAUACGACUUUAACAAAACCUAUAACAAAACAAGCUUUAAUCGAUAUAACUGACAGUCAACCAGUUAGUGAAGCUUUUGAAGUAAAAAUAGAAGAUAGUAUAAGUGAGUUACAAGUUCCAAAUGUCAAAACAUGUACAAUAAUACCAGCUCAGGAAGUUCUUCGUAGUGUUGUUAUUAUUGAAAAUUUAGGUCAUGAUAAAGAGGAAAUAUUUGAAGGAGAAUACAAACCAUUACUUUCUAAUGCUAACAUAAACGUAGAAAAAGAAAAAGAGACGAAAACUAUAACUGAGGUUAUAACUCAUGAAAUGGAAGGUCAAGUUAAGAAUUUAGAUAUGCCAUCUACUAAAAAUGCUCAAAUAGAAAUAACUUCUGGGCAAGAGGUAGCAAAAAAAUUAGAAAUAAUAUCAGAUACUGCAUUAGGUUCUUUAAAAGAUUUUGUAACUAAAUCAUCAACUGCUAUUCCGAUACGAGAUACAUUUGAUAGUAUUCAAUCCACAAUUACAAUAACAGAGGACAAAGAAAAUCCAUUUGAUUCUAAUUUAAUCUACCAAAAAUCUAAGGCUGACAUAAAUAUUGAAGAAUCAAAAAGCAUAAAUAUUACUGAAGUAAUUGUAGAAGAUAAAGAAGGAAAAUAUAUUUCUCCAAAAUUACCGGAAACAAAAAAAGCUGGAAAAUCUAUAUUACAAAACGAAGCAGCAGAGUCUUCUAUUGUAUUAGCAGAUGAAAAUUUAAGACCACUUGAUAAAUAUAAAACAAACGAAGAAUCAGCUAAUAUUGUACUCGAAACACAUUUUAAUAUAUCUCAAACUGAAACCACAGUACAGGAGAGUGAAAAAAAUCUAGAACCAGUUAAUAUAUUAUCAAAUGAAGCUGAGCUUACAAUGAUACCUAAUAAUAGUUUAACAAUUACAGAGGUGAUAACUGAUGAUAAUGGCGAAAAUACAACUAGUAAUGUAUUUAUUCCUAUAAUUGAUACAAAUCACGCAUUAGUUUCACAAUCAGAACUACAUGAUACAGCAAUAUCAACUGAAAUAAAUACGUUAGAAAAAGAAAAACUGUUUACAAAAACACCUAAAUUUGACAAUUUUAAAGCAGAAAUUAAGUUUAAAGAAGAUAAAUCAUUGAAUGUUUGUGAAACCGUAUUAGACUAUAAUGAAAUGCCAUUAAAAAUAAAUAAAGUUUUAGAAAAACAAGCAUCAUUGAUUCAGUCAACACUUGACGUUGCUUCAAUAUCAGAACAUACAUUGAUUGAAUCUGAAAAAAACCUUGAAUCAACAAUAGUACCAAAAGAACAAAUUAUUAAUAUAUCAUUUGAAAAUAAUAUAAAUGUUCAGGUGUCUGAAGCAAAUAUAAUAGAAACUGAAAGUGAUUUCUUAACACCAACUCAAAAUACUGAAACUGCAACUAUUUCUGAAUUAAUACUACAGCCAGUUGCAAAUGUUACAGAAAUUAUAGCUGGUAUAAAUGUUCAAGAUUUACCUCAAAUGUGUAAAACAGAAUAUAACAUUGCUAAAGCGAGUCAUUCAACAUUUAACAGCAUAAUACAAACAAAGCUUGAAGUAUCAGAAUCGGAAGGACUUUUAGAAAAACCUAAAAGUAUAGAAGAAAAAGCAUCAGUAAAAGCUGAUACAUUAGAAAAUGUAGUAAUUACAGAACCGGAGAUAUCUGAAAAAGAGGGAAUAUUUGUAGAUUUAGAGAAAAAUGAUUUGAGACAUGCCCAACUUUCUUUAGAGGAAGAAAAAUCUAGUAUUAUAAUUUCGAAUGUAGUAAGUGAAGAUAAAGAGUCUGCAUUUACUGUAGGACCAAAACGUAAAAGUUCAAUUGCCAAAAUUACAUUAGAAAAUUUAAGAGCAAUCACUAAUAGUGAACAAAAUGUUUCUGAAAAAGAAGGUACAUUAAAUAUUAAAAUACCCAAAGAUGAAACUGCAAAUGUUACAUUUGAAGACUCUCAGUCUGGAAUUGUAGUCUCAAACGUAAUACCUGAAUGCAAAGAAGAAAACUUAAAAACUAAUAAUACAAUAUAUUCGACUGCGACAUUGGUGACAGAAAAUUUUGAAAGUUUAAUACAAAAUGAACAAAUAGUAAAUGAAAAAGAGCAAUUUACGAGAUAUGAAACAAAACCAAAAACAUCAAAUGCAUCAGUUUCAAUUGAAAAUGCUAAACUAGGGACAAUCAUUUCUGAAGUUAUAUGUAGUGAUAGAGAAAGCGAUUUCCAUAAAACGCAGAUAGGAAGUGCAUCUAAAGCAUUAAUAUCUACGGAAGAAUUAAAACCAUUAAUAACAACAGAGGCACAAUUAUUAUCAAAUGUCGAAGAAAUGACAUUCCCAAGCAUAGUUCUCGAUAAAUAUGCCAAGAUAAAAUUAAAUGAACUAAACCACUUAACAAUACAAGAAUUAAUCCCUAAAUUAAUACCAUUGGAAUCACAUCAAAUACAAUCGGAGACAAGACCAAUUCCAUCAGAAAAUCAAAAGAUAGUUCAAUUUACAGCAAGGAAGGGUGUAUCCCAAAUAAAUAAUAGCAUCAAAGUCAACGAAGAUAUAGUACUAGAAUCUGCUGAUAACCUAAGACAAGAACAAAUAGACCAACAAAGAGCAACAAUCACUGACAUACAAUUGAGCACAGAUGACAUAUUGCCAGCACUACAUGGAGAACAAAUAAUAACAACGGAGACACAGACACAAAAACAAAUAAAACACACACAACAACACAAGCGUCAAUUAGAUAAAUUACCUCAAAAAGAGGAUACAAUGCCUAUAUCCAAAAUUCGGUCUGAUAAAUCUGAAACAACCACUAUAAUUCCUGAUAGGGCAACCUUAAUCAAUAUAAAAACCACCACUGUGAUCGAGGGAGGAAAGAAAAAGGUUACCAAAAAGAAAACGAUUAAAACUGUGAAAGACGGAGUUGAAAAUGUAGAGGUGAUUGAAUCGAAACCCGAAAUUACUGAGCUUGAUGAUGAGGAAACAAAACCUUUACCCGAAAUUGAAUCUGUAAAACCCGAAGAAGCUACAUUAAUCCCAGACGAAGCUAC